AUGCCAACUGAUGCAAGUACUAGUGAAGAGAACAAGCGAAAUCCUUGUGACAUUGGGACCGCUUCAAAUAUUGUUAAGGGGGCUAAGCAUAACGAGAAGAGGAAAGGGAAGAUGAAGCAAAGUGAAGUUGAUGGAGAUGAUUAUGAUGCUGACAAGCAUAACGAGAAAAAGAAAGGAAAAAUGAAAUGCGCUGAUAAGGUGUGCUUUUGGGGUGCUCGAGCUGAGUGUUUGAAGGGCUCCACAUAUUUUAUUAUUAAGAAGUAUGUCGGUGUACAUUCCUGCGCACCUUCAAACAAAACCAGUGCCGGAAGGACAGCUUCAGCGAAAACGAUAGGCAAUCUGAUAAUGCAUAAAUAUGAAGGUAUCAAAGAAGGGCCUAAAGCGAAAGAUAUUGUUCAGAUUAUGCGUAAUGAUUAUGGAUGUGAGAUCUCUGAUUCUUUAGCAUGGGAUUCCCGUGAAUAUGCAGUCAACGCUGUUAGAGGUAUUCCAGAGGAAAGUUAUGGGAAAAUACCAAAAUAUUUGCACAUGCUGCGAGAGGCCAAUCCGGGUACACAUUCCUCUUACAAGACUGACGUCGAUGGUAGAUUUCGAUAUCUGUUUAUAGCGUUUGGUCAAUCGAUCAGAGGCUUUAACACAGUCAUGAGGCGUGUCAUUGUUGUCGAUGGAACAUUCUUGAAGAGUAAAUUCAAAGGGGUGCUACUGUUUGCAACUGCUAUAGAUGGAAAUUCAAAUUUAUAUCCUAUUGCAUUUGGGAUAGUAGACUCUGAGAAUGAGCAGUCUUGGGAAUGGUUCAUGAGAGAAUUAAAAGUUGUUGUUGCUGAUGAUAAUGGUUUGGCUUUUAUUUCGGAUAGACAAGUGUCAAUAGCGAAGGCACUGGAGAAAGUGUAUCCGCUAGCGAGACAUGGUAUUUGUAUUCAUCAUUUGUUGAAUAAUGUGAUAUCAUAUUUCAAGGGGAAGGGAUUAGCUGGGUUGAUUCCUAAGGUUUCAAAGGCUUAUAGAGUGGUUGAUUUCAAGAAGACGUUUGCUCAUGUUUGCAAUAUCAGUCCAGCAAUUGGAACGUAUCUUAUGGAAGCAGAUGUCAAAAAGUGGGCUAGAUGUCAAUUUCAUGGAUACAGGUAUGACAUUAGGACAAACAAUCCUGCAGAGUCGAUAAAUUCUGCGUUGCGUUCGCCGAGAGAGUUUCCCGUAAUUCCUUUGUUGGACAGUAUUAGAGAAAUGCUGACACGUUGGUUUUUUAAGCGUAAAAAGUUGAUUUCAAAGCACACCCACCGUUUGACCAUAGAUGUGGAGGAAAAGAUUGAUAGGAGAAUUGGAAAGGGGAAAACUUUCGGAGUUUACCCUGUAACCGAUAGCCAGCUGCUUGUUAAAGGCGAUACAAUUGACUGCUUUGUUGAUUUGGACAAACGGACUUGUUCUUGUGGGAAGUACGACCUUUCAAAAAUCCCUUGUAGACACGCAAUAAAAGCUGGUUUCUUUGUUGGUAGAGAACCAUAUACAUUGACUGAUUUUUUGUAUACCACGGGAGCUUGGAGAGAAGCUUAUCAAGAAAGCAUAAAUCCCAUUUCAGUUCCUGAAGAUGGUUGGUCUGUCCCACAAGUUGUGGAAAAUUCUGAAGUGCUACCGCCUGAGACAAGAAGAUCUCUUAGAAGAAAUAGAAAACGCAGAUAUGAAACUGUUGAAGACAAAAUCCGAUCAUCACAAGGAUCACAGGGGGGUCAGUCUCGUAAGUGCAGUAGAUGUGGUCUUGGUGGUCAUAAUAGAGCAACUUGCAAGAUGCCAAUAUAG